CGGUCUCAAUUUUUGUUAUCGUAGAAUCCAAUCUGGAAAGUCUGUGAAGAAACGCAUCCCCUUCCCCGCCUGCAGACCAAGACUUUCAAAUUUUUUCUAAGCAGAGAUUCUACUCCCAACUUCUCAAUCUAUCCCAUACACCGGGAGGCGGAGCCUGACAAAGAGAUAGAGAGGGGUGUUCGUUUUCCGAGCAUUAUCUUGGACUAGAAAUGUCACCGCACGGGGCUGCCACGGCGGCGGCCAAACAAGCCGAACAGCUGAGGCAAAACGGCAACACUUACUUUCAGAAACGUCGAUACGGAGCCGCCAUCGAUGCGUAUACAGAGGCGAUUACCUUGUGCCCCAAUGUUGCUGUAUAUUGGACUAAUCGUGCCCUGUGCCAUCUCAAGCGGAAUGAUUGGACAAGAUUGGAAGAGGAUUGCAGGAGAGCAAUUCAGCUCGAUUGUAAUUCUUGUAAGGCACACUACAUGCUUGGCCUUGCUUUGCUAAGGGAACAAUCGUUUUCUGAAGGAGUCAGAGAAUUGGAAAAAGCAUUGGAUCUUGGAAGAGGUGCAAAUCCCAAGAGUUACAUGGUAGAGGAGAUAUGGCAGGAGCUUGCGAAAGCCAAAUAUUUGGAAUGGGAACACGAGUCAACUUUACGUUCUUCUGAACUCUAUAAACUGAAAGAAUCCUGUGAGACAGCUCUUAAGGAGAAACAUUUACUUGACAUGUCACGCAUGGAAGGUUUUGUAGAUGAAAAGAAUGAAUAUUUUUCUAAGCAACUUGCUGCUUUAAAUGGUGUGUUCAGGAAAGCAGCAGAGGAUGACACCCCAGAUGAUGUGCCCGAUUACUUAUGUUGUAAGAUAACACUUGACAUUUUACGUGACCCUGUGAUUACUCCAUGCGGGAUCACGUACGAGCGGUCGAAGAUCCUUGAACAUUUGGAGAAGGUGAUCAUUCCUGACAUUGGAUUCAAAUAUCUUACAUAUUCUGUUACUUUCUGUAUAUGAUAUAUUUAUCAUAUGUUUUGGAACAAGUUUAGGUAUGAUAUAUUUAUCAUAUGUUUUGGAACAAGUUUAGGUGGGGGGAUUUGAUCCGAUGACUUCAAGAUCUCUAUCUGCAUCUCAAUUGGCUCCAAAUUUGGCCAUUAAAGAAGCAGUGCAGGCAUUUUUGAAUAAACAUGGCUGGGCUUACCAGAUAGAUAACUAUAGUUAACAUUUUGGUGCAUGGUAGAUUCACAUAUCAUUACGUCAUUCAUACAGUUUUGUUCAGUGUAUAUGUUUGGGCUCUUAAGGCCUUUAUCAAACUGUACAGUGAUUACUGAUUAUGAUGAUGAUAUUUAUGUACAACUUGUUUUGCACACUUUUGUUCCUUUUUUUGCAUACAGACCAGUAGUUGAGAGAGCUGAAUGCAUGUGAGCGCAUUUGGUGUGCAAAAAAUGGGUUCACAGACUGGACAGAAUGGUUUGAGAUCUUUUAAAAGUUAAGUGGCUAGAUUUGUUGAAUAAAUUGAAUAGAUUUACACUGUAUAUGCUCUACAGAUUUAAAUUCCAUAAACGAAAGAACAAUAAUCAUAAUAUGCAGUGUCUAAAAAGCUAUAGUCGUAGGAUACUACGAUGUAGUGGCCUUUUUUUUAAUUAUCUAAAGAUGGUCUCCGAGAAUGAGAAUUGUACAUAUCAGUAUUAACCAAGGGCUGUUUUAGCAGUAGAUCAG